AUGGGUAUCUCACUCGCCGCUGUGGGUUUUUACCUAAUUCUUUUGUUCAUCAGAAGCAAACUAAAGACAAACUAUAAAGAUGUCAAGAACAGAGAGGCUCCGGAACCAGCCGGGGUUUGGCCAAUUAUUGGCCAUCUGCGCUUGUUGGGUGGCACUGACCAACUUCUGUAUCGAACAUUGGGAGCAAUGGCGGAUAAAUACGGGCCAGCCUUCAAUAUCCGCUUAGGCUAUCGCCGUGCAAUUGUGGUCAGUAGUUGGGAAGUAGCGAAAGAAUGCUUCACCAUUAAUGAUAAGGCUCUAGCUUCACGGCCGACUACAGGUGCAGCCAAGCACAUGGGCUAUAACUAUGCUGUGUUUGGAUUUGCACCCUACAGCUCAUUCUGGCGUGAGAUGCGCAAAAUUGCAACGCUUGAGCUUCUCUCCAAUCGUAGGUUGGAGAUGUUCAAGCAUGUUUGGGUUUCUGAAAUUGAGAUGGGUGUAAAAGAGCUGUGUAGUUCAAUGGCUAAGAGUAAUAACCGUGUUUUGGUUUACCUAAAACAGUGGUUAGAAGACAUAACGCUCAAUAUUGUGGCGAGAAUGGUGGCUGGAAAAAGUUAUUUUGGUGCAUCGACGACUGCUGGUUGUGAGGAUGAGGAGGCGAGGCGAUGCCAGAAGGCGACCAAUGAGUUCUUUCAUCUGAUUGGAAUAUUUGUUAUUUCAGAUGCACUUCCAUUUCUUGGUUUCUUGGAUUUUCAGGGACAUGAAAAGGCGAUGAAGAAGACAGCCAAAGAGCCGGAUGCCAUACUUGAAACCUGGUUGGAGGAACAUCGUCGCAGAAGAAUUUCAGAGCGGAGGAAUGCUGCUGAAACUAAUAAAGACUUCAUUGAUGUAAUGCUUUCACUUGAAGAAGAAGGGAAAUUUUCUGAUCUUCAAUAUGAUGCUAAUACUAGUAUCAAAUCUACCUGCCUGAUUAUAAUUGUUGUGAUAUACAUAUAUAUUAUUCUUGGAGGCAGUGAUACCACAGCUGGGACACUUGCAUGGGCUAUCUCCUUGCUCCUGAAAAACCUAUCAAUCCUAAAAAACGCACAAGAUGAAAUCGAGAAUCAUGUCGGCAGAGAACGGCAAGUUGAGGAGGCAGACAUUAAAAAGCUGGUGUAUCUUCAGGCUAUCAUUAAAGAAACUCUUCGGCUAUAUCCAGCUGGUCCGCUGCUGCGACCAAGAGAAGCCAUGGAUGAUUGCAGCAUCAAUGGCCACUCAAUUCCUGCGGGUACCCGUCUGGUAGUGAAUGUGUGGAAGAUUCAAAGGGAUCCAAGCGUUUGGGAAAAUCCAAACGAGUUCAAACCAGAGAGAUUUUUAACAUUAAACCGCGCUGAUUGUGAUGUUAGGUGUCAACAAUCUGAGCUAAUCCCAUUUGGAUCUGGAAGACGGUCGUGCCCAGUAGCAUCAUUUGCUCUCCAAGUUCUACACCUCCGACUUGCACGUCUUCUUCAUGCAUUUGAUUUUACGACGCCGUUUGGUCAGCCUGUUGACAUGAGCGAGAGCCCAGGUUUGACCAUUCCAAGAGCCACGCCUUUACAAGUUCUCGUGACUCCUCGUCUACCACCCACUCUCGACGGCUAUUAA